GAUUUCACGCUAUAACACAGUCUGCAUCAUUCACAUCCAUACAUUAGACUGCACACUUUACGAGUGUUUUUAAUAGAAAUGUAAAAAGUUCAGUGCCCCGCGAAGCUAUAGCUAUCACCGGGUAUUGAGAUUUUUUGAAGGUCAAUCUCUCAACGGUCAAUGCCGCACAGAACAUUGACUUCCUGGGAGUCCCUCGGUGAAGUCACAAGUAUUUAUAUGUAUUAGCGGGACCUACCAGUGGCAGCAGGAUAUGUCAGAUAGAUACCAAUUGCAUGAAAAGAGAUGACUUUCUUAAUGCAAGCCAUCACACCCACACCCUGUAUAAGCCAAUAUAUAUGUGCUAGUAUCAUAAGAUGGUAUACUGGAUGCAUGGUUACUGGAUAAUCAAAAAAAUACAAGAUUCAACUUGUUGGACGGGCUUUCAUGAGUUAUUAAAUGUAUUCAAAUUGAUUAAUUCGACUACCUAACUGAAGCGGUUGGGACUUAAACUUAAACCAUUGACGUAUGUUGUGCACUAUAUGGUACAAUUGACCAGUCUUUUGAUGUUUCGACCUCAGUUUGCUAUAACUGUGAGUGUCCAUCCACAAGAUUGAUGCUGGGCACCGACACAUGUUGACAAAACCGUGACCAAUCGAACGAACAAUAAUGCAGGUAAACACCGCCCGCGGCAAUACGAUUGAUAGAGUAGAUAGAAAGUUUCCAUAUACGGAAAUUCUCCCGAGAUUAAAGCCAUCCUAAUUACGUUGGAACAAAUCUUCUCCGUAAUUGCAAUGUAAAGGGGCCUGUUCCUUUGAAUAAAGCACUACUCUGAUGACGCCCGGUCCGACUGAUGAAGGGCCUUGACAAACGUAGGUAUCAAUCAAAAUGAUACUCCCAUUUGUUUGAUUUGACAUACGACAUCAGUUGGUAUCCGUGAUGACUGCUGAACCCGCCUUCAGCCACAGGGACCAUUAUCUCCCAUCAUCAGGGCCUCAUGCGCCAGGUAUAUCUCUCUACAGGAUCAAUACCACGCAAUUAAUAAUUUUAAUAAUUACGACUUCCGAUUUUAAUUACUUGCAAUGUUGGACUAGCUGAAGGAUGGCCACGAUGUUGGAGUGGAGGAACAUGACACACAUUCCGUACGAAUCCUUGAUCACCACUUUCUUUGUCGUGGAGUGUGCCAUCAUUGGACCCAUAGUCCUAGGGAACCUGUUGAUAAUCACCAGUCUGCUUCGAUUUCAUCGUCUCCGGAAACGGAUCUACAUCCUGAUAGGGAACUUGGCGGCGUCCGAUCUCUUGAUUGGCAUAGUCUUUAUUCCGUACGACCUCGUCUUCUUGUCCAACCUAGAACUCGCCCGACGGAAGUAUUUUUGUUUGAUCCGCCACUCUCUGUGCAACAUGUUCCUUGGAGCCUCAGUUAUGAAUCUGUUGGCGAUAUCGUUCGAGCGAUAUAUCGCCGUGUUGCACCCCCUUAAACAUGCCAUGAUAUGCACUUGGCAGACGAUGUCGAUGGUUAUCGUGGCGUGCUGGGUUUUAUCGAUAUCACUUGCCUCGCUUCCACUUCUUGGCUGGAACCAAUGGGAAGAGAACCUUCCUUGUGACAUUGAGCUGAUUUAUACAAAAGCUUACAAGGGUCUCAUGUUUAUGUUUUUUGCCUCAUCUCUUAUUGUAAACUUUAUCAUGUAUGUCAAAGUUAUAAGAACAGCAUGGAAACAGUUCAAGAAUUGUGACAAACCGAUUCAGCGACCACAUGAAAGGAAUCGAAUUACGAGCAAGUCUUACAAGAAGACCAAAAUCAUGAUGCUGUUACUGGGAGCCUUCGCCGUUUGCUGGGGCCCUUACCUGUUCGUCGUGAUUUUUGACACCUUAUUUCUGGAAGACAACAUCGCUAUAGCUACUCUCAGGAAGUUCCUGUCAGUACUGGGACUGGUAAACUCCGGACUGAAUUGGAUUAUAUUCGGACUGAAAAACGCCGAUUUCAGAAAAGCCUUCACUUAUCUGCUCCGCUGUGGUAUAGGAGUUACUGAAGACAGUUUAGCAUACUCCAGCUCUAAUACACCUGUUUAAUGAUGUUCAUACCUAAACCUAAACAUGUAUUAACUGAAGUCUGUGCAUGCUCCACCUCAUGAUCACCUUUUUUAUUGAUGCCUGUGCACAAACUAAACCCAUCUGUUCAACAAUGUCCCUGCACCGUUAACUCACGCUUCCCUGUUUAAUGAUAUCUGUGCACUAGCUCAUGAACACCUGUUUAACGUUGUUCGUGUAGGACCUCAAACGCUCCUAUUUGGCAUUAUUCAUGGACUAACUCUGUCUUUUAUAUUAUUCUUUAUCAUUGAAUUUGUUUAUGUACAUGUUCAUCUUUGUUUAAAAAGAAGUAAAAUGUUGUUCAG